AUGAGCGCCUCCGCCGCCGCCGCGAGGGAUGACGUCGUCGCGCGCGCGUGCAGGGAGAAGCUGCUCGACGCGGUCGCCGCGGUCGCCGCAACCACGGCGGCGCCCACGCGGUGCAUCAUCCUGAGCGGCGGCGUCGACACCGCCGCGAUAAUGCGCGCGAGCGCGGAUCUCGGCGUGACGUACGCGUGCGCGAUCACGGUCUUGUGCGGGCCGGACGCGCCCGACCGCGCGUUCGCCGCCGCGGUCGCGGCCGAGCACGGCCUCGCGCACCACGUCGUCGAGGUCACGCCCGCGGAUCUCAUCGCGGAGUACCUCCCGUCGUGCGUCGAGUCGUUGCGGACGUUCGACGGGAUGACGCUUCGGAACGCGCUCGUCGUCGCCGCCGCGUUGCGACGCGCGGCGGCGUUGGGGAUGAAGGACGCCGUCGUCGGCGACGGCGCGGACGAGCUCCUGGGCGGGUACUCGUUCACGUGGGGCGAGGACGACCCGCCCGGGACGUGGAGGCGGAAGAGGGACGAGAUGUGCGCGACGUGGACGUUCGCGACGGCGGCGCUGGCGGCGGCUCGCGGCGUCUCGUCGCGCGCGCCGUUUACGUCCGACGCGUUCGCGCGUUGGGCGACGGCGGAGACGGACCGCGCGGAUUGCGUCGGGGUCGUUCCGAUCAGGUUGACCCUGGAAGGGGACGCGAUCGAGCACGUCGCGGGGAAGCUGCCGCUGCGUCGCGCGUUCGACACCGUCGCGAGUUGGCGACGGAAGGAUCCGAUCGAGGUCGGCUCGGGCGUCGCCGUCGUCUCGAACGACGCGUUCUGGUCGGAAGUCGUCGCGGACGACGCGUUCGAGGAGGAGAGAGACGCGUGGGCGGCGCGAGGGGUGGUGAUCAAGAACAAAGAGCACCUGGUGAACUUCCGCGCGUACGUAAAAGCUUUCGGCGGCGGCGGCGGCGGCGGCGGCGACGGCGGCGGCGAAGACGACGUCCUCAGACACCCGACGAAAAAAUGGCUGGGACCCGGCGAAGGCUGCGCGGGGUGUCGCUUCGAGAUCGGCGACGCGACGUUUUGCGACGUGUGCGGGGCGUACCCCGCGCAGCGAGUAGUCGUAGCCGGCGGGGAGUAG